CUUUUUCCUUCUCUUCUCUCCUGCCGCGCUUCAUCGAUCCAUAGCUCUCGCAGGAGCAGCCGCCAUGCCUUCUCUUCCCCUCCUCUCUGACGCUGAGGAAGCCAAGGUUUUGCAGCUUAAGAAGCCCAAGAAGGUCGAUUCCAUGGCUGUCGACCUCCCCUUCGCCGCCUCUGCUGAUGAUGAGAAGAAGAGCGAGAAAAAGAAGAAGAAGAAGAAGCAUAAGGAGAUCGAAUCUGAUGAGCUGGAGAUUGACGAUAUUGAGAAGAAGGUGAUGAAGAAGAAGAGGAAGGCGAGUGAUGAGGAGACGAGCGACACCAGUUUCGAUGCUGGAGUGCCCGUCGUUGAGGAUUCGAAGAAGAAAAAGAAGAAACUGAAGGUUGUGGAGGGUGAUGAUGGUGAGGUGAGUGGGAGUGGGGAAGAGGAUAGCGGGAAGAACCCAAACGCUGUGUCGAAUUUCAGAAUUUCUGAGCCGUUGAGGGAGAAAUUGAAAUCUAAGGGCAUUGGAUCGCUGUUCCCGAUCCAGGCUAUGACCUUUGAUGUUAUCCUUGAUGGGUCUGAUUUGGUUGGUAGGGCACGAACGGGACAGGGUAAAACCUUGGCUUUUGUGUUGCCUAUUCUGGAGUCUUUAAUAAAUGGAAAACACAAAGCAACAAGGAAGACUGGUUAUGGAAGGCCUCCAAGUGUUCUUGUACUGCUACCAACAAGGGAACUCGCAAAGCAGGUAUCUUCAGACUUUGAAGUUUAUGGUGGUGCUGUUGGCUUAUCUGCAUGUUGUGUAUAUGGAGGUGAUCCUUUUCGAGGCCAAGAAUUUGCCCUGAAAAAAGGGGUUGACAUUGUAGUUGGGACGCCUGGACGAGUCAAGGAUCACAUCGAGCGAGGAACCAUUGACCUGAAAUCAUUAAAGUUUCGUGUCCUUGAUGAAGCUGAUGAAAUGCUGAAUAUGGGAUUUGUUGAUGAUGUUGAACUUAUUCUUGGGAAAGUCGAGGACGUAAACAAAGUGCAAACACUUCUCUUUAGUGCCACCCUCCCUGAUUGGGUUAAGAAGAUAUCUGCAAGGUUUCUGAAACCUGAUAAGAAGACUGCUGAUCUUGUGGGAAAUGAGAAACUGAAGGCUAGUGCCAAUGUUCGACAUCUUGUUCUUCCUUGUUCUCGUGCUGCAAGGCCACAACUCAUUCCAGAUAUAGUUCGUUGUUACAGCCAUGGGGGCCGCACCAUUAUAUUCACUGAGACGAAGGAAUCUGCAUCUGAACUUGCUGGCUUGUUACCUGGAGCAAGGGCUUUGCAUGGAGAUAUUAUGCAGGCUCAACGUGAGGUCAUACUUGCUGGAUUCCGAUCUGGUCGAUUUUUGCUUCUUGUGGCCACAAAUGUAGCAGCACGAGGUUUGGACAUUAAUGAUGUUCAAUUAAUUAUCCAAUGUGAGCCACCACGUGAUGUUGAAGCUUAUAUUCAUCGUUCGGGUCGCACUGGCAGGGCGGGCAAUAGUGGAGUUGCUAUCCUACUCUAUGAACCAAAAUUUAAGCACUGCAUAACCAGAAUAGAGAGAGAAUCUGGUGUGAAGUUCGAGCAUAUUUCUGCACCCCAGCCUGCUGACAUUGCUGAAUCUGCUGGUUUUGAAGCUGCUGAAGCUAUCACAACUGUCUCUGACAGUGUGAUUCCUGUGUUCCGGUCCCAAGCAGAACAACUCUUAAAUUCCUCUGGUUUGCCAGUGGUUGAUCUUCUUGCAAAAGCACUUGCCAAGGCUGCUGGGUACACUGAUAUAAAGAAGAGGUCAUUGCUAUCUUCUUUGGAAAAUUACGUGACUCUCCUUCUUCAAGCUGGAAAACCAAUAUACUCGCCAUCAUUUGCUUUUAGUGCUCUGCGGAGAUUCUUACCUGAUGAAAAGAUCGAAGGUGUUAAGGGUCUUGCUCUCACUGCUGAUGGCAUGGGGGCAGUAUUUGAUGUGCCUGCGGAUGAGGUCUCCAACUUCAUUGAAGGCCAAGAAAAUGCCAGUAUGGUGACUAUAGAGGUUUUGGAGAAGCUACCGGCCUUGCAAGAAAAUGAACAUUCUCGAGGCAAUGGUGGAGGGCGAGGAAGGUUCGGAGGCGGAGGUGGUGGCCGGAGAUUUUCUGGAGGCAGAGGUGGUGGAGGCGGAGGUGGUGGUCGGAGAUUUUCUGGAGGCUCAUCUGGUGGGGGACGCCGUGGUGGUGGUAAUCGAUUUAAUAGGAGAAACUAAUCUUCUAUUUGAUGAUAUUCUAUGUUUUCAAAGUAACUUAAAUUUACUGAGUUUGUCAAAUGUGAGAUUUUUGCAACCUUAGUAGAGAGAAAUUAUAGGUUGUAUCAUCCGGCAAAGGAUCACUUAAACAAAUACUCUGUUUCCUGAACCUUAUUUUGUAUUUUCUUUUAUUAAUUUGAAUGAAGUUUUGGUUUUGAUUGAUAAUA